AUGGUGCCACAGCUCCCUCCAUCGAAGCUCGAAAUGACCCGUGAUAUGAUACUUGGCGAGUCCCUAAACAAACCACAGAUCGUCAAAGCAGCUGAAUGCGAUAAACUUUCGAUCAUUAAUCUCCGUAACAACCUUCACCGAUUCGGAAACGUCAGAGCACCUCUAACUCGUGUUAGACGACGACGGAGUGUCACCCCUUCGAUGCUAGAGGCCGUAUGUGUUCAUCUUCAUAAGAAGCCUGGGAUGUACUUGGACGAGUAA